GAGCAGUUAACGCCUUACGAAGUGCAAGGAAACCAGGAUUGACAAAAGGAGACAAAUAGUAGAAACACAAGAAGAGGAUCAGCAACCACAGCAUUAUUAUAAUGACGAACGCUACUUGUACAAUCAAGACACUGAUCAGUGCAACAAACAAUGAGCAAAGGCAAUAUCAAGAAAAGCAAGAAGAAGAAAAAGAAGAAGAUCGGCAGCAAGAUCAACAAACAACAACACUAUUGAUCGAUACAGUGUACUUGGUUGUGCUGGAAUCGAAUCGCUUGUCAACUGGGCAAGUCGUCAUUGUCGAUACCCAAGGACUGACAGUCGGACGAGAUCGAUCGUGGGAAGAACGGCAUCUCCGGCUUGCCGAACUGCCUGUCAGCAAAUACCACUGUCAAAUCUAUUACAACGAGGACACGAAACAAUUUCAAGUGAUCGACUUUGGAUCAAGGAACGGCACGUUUCUUAACCAACAGCGCUUGUCAGGCACCAAAUCCAGCAGUGUCCCGGCUUCAUUGAGUGAUUUGGAUCAUUUACAGAUUGGUUCGACCUUGUUUCAAGUGCAUAAGCAUAAACAGCCGUGCCAUCAAUGUGUAUCACGGGAUCAAAAUACGGUAGAUCUUAGUGAUGGAACUCGCAAGGAUGGUAUCGCUAAUAACAAGGAGCAACAGCCCGUGAUGUUUUCUACACAUUCGGAUCUCGGGUCGACAGACAUGAAGGAACGGGAAUGGAUGCAGGAAUUACGUCGAUUGAAACGAUCAUAUGCGCCGGUUGCUAAGGAGAAAAAUACAAAGAGUGAUUAUGUCGAUGCAGCAGAACGACGACGACAAUUGUAUGCUUCGACUACAAUAUCCAGUCAUCUAAAAAGACCUCAUGCCGAUGGUGACGUUGACGAAGGAAAACAAGAACGAGUUGAGAAAACAGAACGAGCCACAAUGCAAACACAGGUUCAAGGCAUUGGAAAUACAAUGCUACGAAAAAUGGGAUGGCAGGAAGGUCAGAGUCUUGGUAGAACAGGCGCGGAUGGUAUAGUGGCACCAAUUUCACCAUCAACGCAAACCCAUCGUCGUGGUUUAGGCUCGUCAUCAUCCGUCGUCUCCACCCAAGAUACCACAGCAACUGCAUCAAAACAGCUCAAAUACUCGAAAUUACCAAGCAACGGUAUAACAAGACAGGAUAAACAGCAUCAACAACAACAUUAGCAUGUAUUAGUGAAAAGCAUUGUAAAUCAACAACUACCAUCAUCAUCAUCAUUACCAAGAAAUCAAAAAGUACUUCUUUGCACUAAUGAUUAAUAAAUAAUGUAUAUAAGUACAUAACAGCAAUAACGUAACUGAUGAGGUAGGAUGGGAGGGAAAGGUAUAUAUAAAU